CCUGAUUACGGAAUAACAUUACGCCAUCUUGAUUCAAAGUGGAACCCGCACACAAACAAGCCACACUGUCUCCCACUUAAACGUGGACUGGUCGUUUGACUCUUCAAGAAGAUCAUUCAUAAUGUCACAGCAUCACAUGCCAAUGUCUUUAACAACAACAAAUUGUCUCGAACGUACCGAAAAAGCAUUAGUGAUGACAGCAUUUGGAACCCUUUGCUGCCUGAAUCCGCCCACAUUCUCACAUGGUUGUCCUCUUCUUGCAUUCCGGAAGAAAGAUGCUCCUGUUCCAGACUUUGUCAUCACUAGCUCUUAGGACUUAUUAUUCGUCAUUACAAUGUUGUAGCUUAAAUAUAUAUAAGAUAGGCAUAAUCCAUUGCUCAAGAUUUCAAGUGAUAUUUUUAUUUUGUAUUCUGCUGUAUUGGUGACUGACUCAGUUUCUCCAACCAACUGUUUGCAGUUGAUUGCAAAUCAUGCAUGAAAAUGCCACUGCAGUAAAUAAAGAAAUAAAUAUUAUCAGCUGGUAAUUGGGGAUGAAAGUUCUAUAUUAAACAUACCAAAAGACUGCAGUAGAGCUACAUUAGUGUGUUUGCUUUUAAAUUGGUACAAUGGGGGAUCCUUUAACAAGAAAAUGUGCAGCUGUUAGCAGAUUGCGAAACAACCUCCGGAAAAAAAGAGAAGCUCUAGCAGAUCAGUUUGACUUCAAGAUGUAUAUAACAUUUCAUUUCAAAGACGAGGUACUAAAAUCAUUAUAGCUCUCUGAAGAUAAAUGUCUAAAAAUGCAAAAUCCAACCAACCUACUUAACCUACCUUUUUAAAAUGUGUCUUUACUUCAAUAAAAAAAAAUUACAAUGUCAAUACUACAAUACCAUGAAGGCAGUAGCUAGAUUUAGUUUUUUUAGGCAUAAGUAUAAACUGCAGCUUGUUCAAACCUAAAAACUCAGUUUUAUAAUGGUAAUGGAGAGCAUUAUUUUUGUAUAAUAUUACUAAAGACUACAGUCCUUGCAAAGUCCACACUACAUAUUUACAUAUACCUAUUUAUUUUUUCACUAAUAAUAACAUUAACAAGGUUGCAAAUAUUUGAAUUAUAAUUGAAAAAAAAAACAAUAAGAAUUUAAGUGUCAUACCGUAAAAUGUUUAAUAAAAAAAUUAUAAUGUUACCCUGAUUAAUAGGAAAAAAUAAAUGCUAUUACUAAUAUCUCUUGGGUGAUAAUUAUUCCUAAUUAUCAUAAAUAAGAUCACUAAAUGCAAUGGCAGUCAUUUUAUAGUAAAUAUAAUUAGGAUAAGUUUCUGGUAAAAAGUUAAUUGAAUUUUAAAGACUUUCCAUUCAUUCUUCACAAUGCUUCUGUUUUCUACCUGUAACUUAUUUUGUUGAGAAGAUUUAUGUUUGUAAUUGUUGAAUUUAUAUAAAAAACGUUAACCUUUAGACCUACCUGACAAUUAUAAUUUCAUUUUCUUACAGAAAAAGAAAAGUGCACUCUUUGAGGUAGCUGAAGUUUUACCUGUGAUGACAAAUAACUAUGAACAUAGCAUUUUACAAGGUGUCAAGGUAAAUUAUUAAGAUAAUUAUUAAAAUGAAGUUUUUUAAAAUUAUAAAUAUAAUUCGAUUAAGAAACAGAAUGAUUUGAUUUUGACAUAAUGAUUGCAUCAUUAAAAAAAUUGAAAAAAAAAAUGUAUUUUUGUUUUUUAGAAUGACUCUUAUUCCUAUGAAAGCUCACGAGAAUUAAUUGAGAAAGAUGUUGUUCAAUUUCAUGCUCACAGAUGGCAACCAAUGAGGAGAGUAAGUUAUUUACUUGCUUACAGUAGUUCGCUUUGAAACUUAAGGUUUGCCCACUCCUAACAAGAUAAAAAUUUUAACACACCUACAUUUGUUGACCGUUUUGAUUGUGAUUUCAAAGUUUGACUUUUCACUUCCACUUCAGGAUGUCAUUGGUUGUACUGAGCAAGUGGAUUUUUUCCUGUGGCCUCGAAAUGAUAUUGAAAGAAUUCAGUGCCAUUUGUUUUCCCGAUGGAAGGGAGACGAUAGUCCUUACAAACCGCUUAAUGUUAGUAUAGGAACAUAAAAAAACAUUGGGUUACACUAUAAAAAUUUUCCUCAGGGAAGCUAUAUUUUAGGCUUGGAAUAUAAUAUAUGAAUAACUCCUAAAUCCACUGAUUUAUAUUAGGAUUAUGGGUUUAUUUUUUUUACACAUAAAUUUUUACCGGUAGUAAUGAGGCAAUGGAAAUUAUUUUUGAAAGGGAUGUCAACUCUUAGUCACUACAUAAUUUCCAUGUCCUUAAGUUUUAACAUGUGUUAAGGGAAAAAAUGUACUUUGGUAUUCACCUUGAACCUGUUAAAUGACUGCAUUUAAAUAUAAAAAUAAUUUUCACUGUUUAAAGCUCAUUUUUUUCUUUAUAAUCAGGCGGAGUACAUAUUUCGUAGUGAUGACUAUGAACGUCAGCUUAUGAGACUUCUAACUGUGCGUGACAAAACUGGGCUCAUUGUCACUAAUACAGAUCAGACCGUUUUCCUUUUUGUGGACAAACAACAUAUGCAGGUGAGUUAAAUGUAUGAUGUACCAUUGUCAAGGUGAAUACAUUUGAACGUCAUAAUGUAAAAUGCAUCACCUUAAAAACAUCUGUGACAUUCAGGGUUGUCAAAGGAAUUUUAAUAUUUUGAUGCCUGACUAAAACUUGCUAUCAUUAUCGUAGCUUGAAAAUUAAAUGUUCUUCUUGUGGCUAUUGCACUAUGACAUAAGUGUGUUGAGAUAAAAGUAUCUGGCUAACUUUGUUUAGACAAUGUUAGGACUUCAACACUGAAGCAUACACUAGAAAUAAAUGAAUGAAAAAAGUGUGUGUGAAGCCAGGCCAUAACAAAACAUACGACUGUACACUUAUUGCUAUAGAAUAGUUAUUUCUAUACCACUGAAUAGUUAUUUCUAUACCAGUGAAUAGUUAUUUCUAGGAUAUGUUUUAGUAAGGUCUGAGUGGAAGGAAGUGGUGAGGCAGGUCAAAGCCCUACAUGGGCUGUAGCGCCACAGGGACAGAUGUAUGGAUAGGAUUUUUUUUUGCACUAUUGGCAAACAAAUUUUAUCAGUAUGGUAAAUUUUUAUCAUGAAUGUUUAUUUACAUUCAUUUUCACAGACAAAUAAAAACAAGGUGAUGGUGUACAAAUUACGCAGUGUGUGCCUUUAUAUGCCUCAGGUGAGUGUGUGCUUUUAUAUGCCUAAGGUGAAUGUGUGCCUUUAUAUGCCUCAGUUGAGUUUCAGAAGGCUGAAAAUAUUUGUAUUGUGACAGUUAAGAAUAUAUUCCAGUUUUUUAAACUUCUCACCUCUGAGUUGUAUACAGCACUUUGAGAGUUCAGUCCAAAACUACUAAAAUCAGACACUAGAAAAUUUAUUUGGUUGUUUGGGAGAUGGAAAGUUUGCAUUUAGUGGAGAUUCAUUGGACUAUUAUCAUUGUUAAAGUAGCCUCACAAUAAUAAUAUGCAUGUUAAACUCUUUCUUUUGAAUUAGAUCAACAAUUUUCCACUGUAUCUCAGAGUUUCUAAUCACUCCCUGUGGCUGUCUGUAUUAUUUUUUAAAUCAGUCUAAGGGAGGUGACUGAUAUUUAAAGAUAUAAUAUUUUGUUGAAUUUCUAAAUAUUUAUAGAUUAACUUUGGUGGGAAGUGGGGGCUAAGGUAUUUAAGAAUCAUUUAUAUUAUUCAUUUUUAAAAGUUCAAGUUAAAAUGGUCUUUUUUAAUAUUUUCUUAGGAUCAGCUGAUGAACUGGAGCUCUGGUAGUAUUGAAGAACUGGUUGCCAGUCACUUCAUGUAGAUGACAUAUCAUGCCAUGUGGCAACCGGCCAUUGUGUGUACAUAAAGGCUUCAGUUCCCCGACUUUGUAUAAAUGGUGACUUGAAUUUGCAUGCUUGGGCAUUGUAUGCACUCCUGAAAAUGUGCUUAAAUCAGAUUUGAUUCAUUGUUUCCAAAUGUUAAAUAAAUUUAAUAUUUAGUUUGGGAAGCCCACUGCCAAGUAUGGAAAAAUCUACCAAACCACUGUUCACUUGGAUGUUGGAGAAAUGUUAACAAUUCAUAAUUGAACACUUUUGUUUGGAAAUAAGAAAUUUAAAAAAAAACAAAUGUUGCAACUGCUUAAAGUGUUGACUCUGAUUGACUCUGAUGCUUUUGUGAAAUAAAAUUUUAGCCAUGUAAAAUAUACUAUUAGCAAGAAUGAAUGAUUCUCCAAUGAUUUGUUACCUUGAUAAAAUGGAUCCUUUAUUGUUUUCUUUUGUGGGCAGCCAUACACAAAACAUGCAUAGUCUGAAUAUUAGAAAAUAAUUUGAUGAAGUUCAAAUAAAUCUUAAAUUUUAACACUGAACUUGGACUUGGAGGGCAUACUGCAAUAAAUCUAUAUAUAAUUAUAAACAGAUUUUCCUAAAUAAAUAUGAACUGUUUUAUUAAAUUUUAAAACAGCAUUAUCCUGUUUAGGUUGAUUUCCACCAUUCAAAUAAUGAUAGACCUCCAGGAUCCAAGUUCUAUGUUGAUAGGUUUCACUGUGAGGGACAGGGACAUGGCUUUGCCAAGCUUUUUGUUAGCAUUACUUUUGUGCUGAAUUAAAUACCUGUCCACGGUGCGGGGGACAAUGGCCGAUCUCUUAUCAGUAUUGAUGUGUUACAGACUGCUGACCGUUUUAAUUAUUGUCCUACCAGGCUCAGUUACAGGAUUAAACAGGAGAUAAAUUCUGAAACCUGACUUGAUCUGUUGUGGGCUUGUUAUGAUGUUACUUUUGUCUCUUAUGUUCCUUUGAUCAGAUUGUGGGCUUGUUAUGAUGUUACUUUUGUCUCUUAUUUUCCUUUGAUCAGAUUGUGGGCUUGGUUAUGUGUUACUUUUGUCUCUUAUUUUCAUUUGAUCAGAUUUUUUUCAUCUUUGAUUUAACUUCAAUCAGAUUAUUAUUCUUUUAAUUUAUUGAUAAUAUUGUGAUGGGAAGAUCAACAAUUCACUUUCCUAUUUUAUUUUUUUUAUUUGUAAUAUUUAAGUUUCUGUGAGGAAUUUGUCACUUUAAGAAUUUGAGGAAAUCAUAAGGCUCUAGAAGUGAUGGCUUGUUUGAUUUUAAUCUUUGGAAAAUGGUUCUGAAAUCUUGAAGAUGUCAAUGUAGAAACUCAAAAUUCUUCUUACCAGAAACCCCCCCCCCCUCCCCUCCCCCCAAUAAAAUAGACAUCUGCAUAAACUUUUUUUUUAGUUUCUAUUAUUAGCCACAUCAUUUAAAACAUCCCUUAAAACUCAUCUGUUUAGGUCCGCCUAUGACCUGUGAUGCACCCUCCUUGCCCUACCUAAUUUUCUGUUUCGGUUUAAUCCAGAAGUGUCAAAGUGUCCUCUUUUUAUAGCCAUUUUCAUU